ACACUCCGGUGAGGCUAUCCUACCUAAGUACCAAUUGGCACCAGUUGUGCGAGAUGACAAGCAUGGCGCAAGCGGGACCAGGUUGACUGCCAGUGCAGUCACCACUCACCAGCGAGGUGAAUUGUGGGGAAUCAGAUCGAUCUGGGGAAACUCCAACGCGCACCCCGUCGCGCUACGUAAAAAAGUGUGGUCUGCCCACCGCUCUCUGCAUCACACUGUAAGAAGUCAACGGCACUGCGCCCGCAUGGUCGAUCAAGACCAUGGUAUGGCCUUUCGGUUCGGCGAAGACUCCAAAGGACGCUGAGUCGGCAGAGCGAAAGCCGGUCUCAUGGGUUGAGUCCGUGAACGACCACAAUCAGUUCCAGGCUGCUAAGGAAUGGGCACCCGUCGUGCUCUUUUCGCUCGCCAGUCUUGGGGCACUCCAGCUUUACGUCAACUUUCUUCGUCGCAUCCCCGGCGCCGGCUACGUGCGCCCCGACUACUUCCACAAGCGGAGCAUCUACGGCCGGGUCACCAGUGUCGGUGAUGGCGACAACUUUCACUUGUUCCACACGCCUGGAGGUAGAGCUGUUGGGUGGGGAUGGCUGAGAAAGGUGCCCGAGGGCAGGAAAGAUCUCAAAGAUCGAACUAUCUCUGUGCGAAUCGCCGGCGUCGAUGCACCCGAAUGCGCCCAUUUCGGCCGUCCAGCCCAACCGUACUCGUCCGAAGCCUUAGAAUGGUUGCGAGGCUACAUUCUGCAUCGCAACGUGCGGGCCUAUGUCUACAAGAAAGACCAUUACGACCGGAUCGUGGCCUCGGUGUUCGUUAGGCGAUGGCUCAUACGACGAAACGUUGGGCUGGAGAUGGUCAAGGCAGGACUCGCGACCACAUACGAGGCGAAGUCGGGCGGUGAAUAUGGCGGUAACAAGGCUGCACUGGAAAAGGCGGAGGCAAGGGCGAAGAAGAAGAAGCUAGGCAUGUGGUCGGUUACGAAGAAGGACUUUGAAACCCCUCGCGACUACAAGACCAAAUGGCAGGGCAAAUAGACAAGUGAUAGUCCAUAGAAAGACGUCCUAGACAGUGAGUUGGCAAUGAUCAAGAUCCAAUAUGGAGUUCUUGUCAGGUCAUCAAGCGUGAGAUAUGUAGUAGGGUGGCAAGUUGGCCAGUACUCGGUAGCUGGCUGUGGCUAAUGGUCAAAGAUGCGAUACCUGGCGCAAAGUUCGCCAGGAGCUUCCAACAGCUCGACAGGCCAUAACAGGCAAGGGAUUGAAGUCAACCCUUGCGCAGAAACCUGUAGGGUUUAUCGUCGUGCGUCUGGAUACCGAAUGCGAUGAUAUGACUUUUGCUGCACAUGCGC